UCCUAGGCCAUUGAAGUGGCACUUUUAAAGCAGGUCAGUCUUAAAAGAUGCCGCCGCCGCCGCUGCCGCCGCCGCGAGCGUCUCCUUGGCCUGAAACGUUCGGCGGUCCCCUCCCCCUCCCCCCCCCCCCCCCCCCCGCACCUUCUCCCGCUCAAGAAGUGAGGCUGCUUGAAUGGGGAGCUGUCAGGGGACUCACUCUCGGCCCGGGGAUCGCUUCACCUUCGUGCUCUGCCUGAGAUCGCCCAAAUCCGAGUGGAAUUUGGUGUGCACAGCCAUACUGUGUGUGCGUCUCCUCUCUCCCUCUCUCCUCCUCUCCCCCCACCUUUGCCGUCUGACCAAUGCUGGGAUCGAGAUCUAGUCGCCCCCUUCCUGCCUCCUUUCCGCCUCUCCCCACCCUUUUCUUCUCUGGUCUACACACCGCCCACCCCCUCUCCCACCCACCUAAAGGGCAAAGAGCAAAGACACCCUGGAAAAGCAAGGGCCAAUUCCAUCUUCUCGGAUGGAAGGAGGCCUCGGGCAGGGAUUGCGCUGUGAGUGACAACCUUUCAGGAAGAGAGGAAGGGAGAGAUCCGGAGAUGCGCUCAGGCUUUCGGGAACAGCGAAGCCCUCCACUGACCGAGAGCACCGAGGUUUUAAAUCACAGGAACCCAGUCCUGGGACACUCACUCGCAAGCCUGCCUGCCACCGAGGGCACGGGGAGCUGUGGUCGGUCCUGAGCUCCCGUCACUGGCAUCGCCGCGCUAGGUGCGCGCCCGGCUCUCCCAUUGGUAUGCAGCGACCAUUUCCCUGCAAGUCUCAAAGGUGGAAACGUUUAAACGGAUUACAGGCGUGAUUUGGUAGCCUUUCGGAAAGUUGGUGGUCAGAAGAGGAGAAGCUACAAGGCUGCAGUAUGAUGGAUACAAUUCAGCCUCCCAGAGAGUUUGCCCCUCCCGCUGGGAAGCCCCUUGGAGCAAACCUCGGAGAUCCUGAGCGCUCUGCACCAUAGGUACUCGCCGCCAUCCUUUCCUACUCUGCCUAAUUGAGGCCAGUAUUCCUGUUUUGUAAUCAACCGCAAACGAUGAAAGCUUCCAUAGCUGAGAUGCUUCACAGAGGAAAGAUGUUGUGGAUAAUUCUUCUAAGCACAAUUGCUCUAGGAUGGACUACCCCGAUUCCCCUCGUAGAGGACUCAGAGGAAAUAGACGAGCCCUGUUUUGAUCCAUGCUACUGUGAAGUUAAGGAAAGCCUCUUUCAUAUACAUUGUGACAGUAAAGGAUUUACAAACAUUAGUCAGAUUACCGAGUUCUGGUCAAGACCUUUUAAACUGUAUCUGCAGAGGAAUUCUAUGAGGAAAUUAUACACCAACAGUUUUCUUCAUUUGAAUAAUGCUGUGUCUAUUAAUCUUGGGAACAAUGCAUUGCAGGACAUUCAGACUGGAGCUUUCAAUGGUCUUAAGAUUUUAAAGAGACUAUACCUACAUGAAAACAAACUAGAUGUCUUCAGAAAUGACACCUUCCUUGGCUUGGAAAGUCUGGAAUAUCUGCAGGCAGAUUACAAUGUCAUUAAACGUAUUGAGAGUGGGGCAUUUCGGAACCUAAGUAAAUUGAGGGUGCUUAUUUUAAAUGAUAAUCUCAUCCCCAUGCUUCCAACAAAUUUAUUUAAGGCUGUCUCUUUAACCCAUUUGGACCUACGUGGAAAUAGGUUAAAGGUUCUUUUUUACCGAGGAAUGCUAGAUCAUAUUGGCAGAAGCCUGAUGGAGCUCCAGCUGGAAGAAAAUCCUUGGAACUGUACAUGUGAGAUUGUACAACUGAAGAGUUGGCUAGAACGCAUUCCUUAUACUGCCCUGGUGGGAGACAUUACCUGUGAGACCCCUUUCCAUUUCCAUGGAAAGGACCUGCGAGAAAUCAGGAAGACAGAACUCUGUCCCUUGUUGUCUGACUCUGAAGUAGAGGCUAGUUUGGGAAUUCCACAUUUGUCAUCAAGUAAGGAGAAUGCAUGGCCAACUAAGCCUUCCUCAAUGUUAUCCUCCGUCCAUUUCACUGCUUCUUCUGUUGAAUACAAGUCCUCAAAUAAACAACCUAAGCCCACAAAACAGCCUCGAACACCAAGACCACCCUCCACCUCCCAAGCUUUAUAUCCUGGUCCAAACCAGCCUCCCAUUGCUCCUUAUCAGACCAGACCACCAAUCCCCAUUAUAUGCCCCACUGGGUGUACCUGUAAUUUGCACAUCAAUGACCUUGGCUUGACUGUCAACUGCAAAGAGCGAGGAUUUAAUAACAUUUCUGAGCUUCUUCCAAGGCCGCUGAAUGCCAAGAAACUGUAUCUGAGUAGCAAUCUGAUUCAGAAAAUAUACCGUUCUGACUUUUGGAAUUUUUCUUCCUUGGAUCUCUUGCAUCUGGGGAACAAUCGUAUUUCCUAUGUCCAAGAUGGGGCCUUUAUCAACUUGCCCAACUUAAAGAGCCUCUUCCUUAAUGGCAAUGAUAUAGAGAAGCUGACACCAGGCAUGUUCCGAGGCCUACAGAGUUUGCACUACUUGUACUUUGAGUUCAAUGUCAUCCGGGAAAUCCAGCCUGCAGCCUUCAGCCUCAUGCCUAACUUGAAGCUGCUAUUCCUCAAUAAUAACUUGCUGAGGACCCUGCCAACGGAUGCCUUUGCAGGCACAUCCCUGGCCCGGCUCAACUUGAGGAAGAACUACUUCCUCUAUCUUCCCGUGGCUGGUGUCCUGGAACACUUGAAUGCCAUUGUCCAGAUAGACCUCAAUGAGAAUCCUUGGGACUGCACUUGUGACCUGGUCCCCUUUAAACAGUGGAUCGAAACCAUCAGCUCAGUCAGUGUGGUUGGUGAUGUGCUUUGCAGAAGCCCUGAGAACCUCACCCACCGUGAUGUACGCACCAUUGAGCUGGAAGUUCUUUGUCCAGAGAUGCUGCACGUUGCACCAGCUGGAGCAACCCCAGCCCAGCCUGGAGAUUCUCAUCUUAUCGGAGCACCAACAAGUGCAUCACCUUAUGAGUUUUCUCCUCCUGGGGGCCCUGUGCCACUUUCUGUGUUAAUUCUCAGCCUGCUGGUUCUGUUUUUCUCAGCAGUCUUUGUUGCUGCAGGCCUCUUUGCCUAUGUGCUCCGACGGCGUCGUAAGAAGCUCCCCUUCAGAAGCAAGCGGCAGGAAGGUGUGGACCUUACUGGCAUCCAGAUGCAAUGCCACCGGCUGUUUGAGGAUGGUGGAGGUGGCGGUGGUGGAAGUGGGGGUGGAGGACGACCAACUCUUUCCUCUCCAGAGAAGGCCCCUCCUGUGGGUCAUGUGUAUGAGUACAUCCCCCACCCAGUUACUCAGAUGUGCAACAACCCCAUCUACAAGCCUCGGGAGGAGGAGGAGGUGGCUGUUUCAUCAGCCCAAGAAGCAGGGAGCGCAGAACGUGGGGGUCCCGGGACACAACCACCGGGAAUGGGAGAGGUUCUCCUAGGAAGUGAGCAGUUUGCUGAGACACCCAAGGAGAACCACAGCAACUACCGGACCUUGCUGGAAAAGGAGAAGGAGUGGGCCCUAGCGGUGUCCAGCUCCCAGCUUAACACCAUAGUGACGGUGAAUCACCAUCACCCUCACCCUCACCACCCAGCGGUUGGUGGGGUUUCAGGAGUAGUUGGGGGGACUGGUGGAGACUUGGCAGGGUUCCGCCACCAUGAGAAAAAUGGUGGGGUGGUGCUCUUUCCCCCCGGGGGAGGCUGUGGUGGUGGCAGUAUGUUACUAGACCGAGAGAGGUCACAGCCUGCCCCCUGCACAGUGGGAUUUGUGGACUGUCUCUAUGGAACAGUGCCCAAAUUAAAGGAACUGCACGUGCAUCCUCCUGGCAUGCAAUACCCAGACUUACAGCAGGACGCCAGGCUCAAAGAAACCCUUCUCUUCUCGGCUGGAAAGGGCUUCACAGACCACCAAACCCAAAAAAGUGAUUACCUCGAGUUAAGGGCCAAACUUCAAACCAAGCCGGAUUACCUCGAAGUCCUGGAGAAGACAACAUAUAGGUUCUAACAGAAAGAAGAAAAUAUAUUAGUGCUUUUUUUUUUCAAAAGAAAAGGAAAAUAAAAAAAAAUAUAUCCCUUGCUCCCUUUACACGUGUCCCAAUAACUCCAUCCUCACGAUCUUCCCUACCCUGAACAAAACUGAAACCGCAUGAUAACUAGAGAAUACAGAUGUAUGCUCUCCCCUCUCAGAUGAGAUUUAGAGGAAGGGCCAUACUCAGAUCAUUAAUCAAUGAAGUGCCUUCGCAGACUUUUGCCAGCAAAUGUUAUCAUUAUUUUUUUAUACUGAAACUUGAGACUUUGACUGUGCCAUGUAUAAGGUAUACUGGGGAUCAUUGUAUUGAUCCUAAUCAAGUAAACUUCAGUGUGUCUUUUUAUUUUCAGUAACUAUUUUUUUUUUUUUAGUUGUAGUUUUGUUUGAAAGGGAGGGGGGAAACAAUUUGACAUUUGUCAUUUGUGGCUUUCUUUCUUCUCAUCAUGGCACAGAUUCUGUACAUGUAUUAACAAUGCAGUUUGCUGCAUGCCUGGAAACUGCAAGACGGGGAGGGAGGGGGCGGGUCUUGCUCGAAUGUUCUCACUCACUCUCUUGUCUCUCACACACAUAUCCAUCUGCAGAUUGUGGUCCCUAAACCUGCAGUUUCUUCCUGCUGGUGCAGGUACACACACACACACACACACACACCCUAUACCAUUCCCAUUCAACCCAAUCUGCUUAGUUCGGGUUGGAUCCAUUCUCCUCUCCAUAGUUCCAUCACCCUUCACUGCUAGUGUACAGCUCAUAGCACCUCUCCUAACACCCUGGGAAAAGUCACAUUCUAGGCUGGAUUCUACUGAAGUGGAGGCCUGGAGGUUUAACAGCCGAAGACACGCGCCUAGGGAAAAGCACCCUCUUUGUGACACUUCAUCCUGAUGCCAAGAUUUUUUGGAGAACAUCUGCACUUUCUUAUAUAUAUAUAUAAUAUUAAAAAAAGCAACUGGGUAUAUAUCACUAACAGCUUUGUAGGAAGCACUUUUAAUGUUUUCUCUCUCACACACAAAGAUUCAAAAGAAAUGUGCAUAUAUUUAUUCUGUAAUUUCAGUGAUUAUAAAUUGUAAAGGUAAUGUUUAAUCAUUGUAUAGUGAUUAUGCGUCUGGUAUAGCUUUCCUAAUAAAAAGUUUUUGAAAAACAUAAUACAUUAUAUAUAGAGGAUACAAAGCUUGAACCUUAACUCCAGCUAUGCCAUGCCUUUCGUGCUCCCAUUUUAAAAAAUGUUUUCUUUUACUUGUUACGCAGAAAGUAACUUAUUAACAGGUUUGAUGCACUGUGAUGUUGGUAAAUCUUAUGUCCCACCAUCCCAAAUCAAGAUACAAUUGAGACUUAAAAUCUGACUUAUAGUUUACAUUUUUUUCUUGAAUUAUGAAUUUCAAUCUUAAUAACCAAUGAUGCACUUUUUCCUAGGCAAGAUACAAGGGGGAGAAAAUAAAGUAACUAGAUUGCUAAGAAGGACAGGAUUAAUUAGGAGAAGGUAAUCAAAGAUCCAUAUACUCUAAGAUAAUAAAUGACAUAAAGAAAUCGGAAAGUAAAAUUGCUAUUGUUUUCGAAAUAUGUAGUUGAAUUACAUGCACACCCUCACACACCCCCACGCUUCCAUGCACACACACACACCACCCAAUAGAUAUGAAAGGCCUUGGAGCCAAUUUAGAAAGUCAGAAUCCUGUGCAAGAUGUCACUUACUUAAAUUUGGCUACCAUUUUCCAGCCACUUACAGCAACUGGCCCCAAUAACUCUUGAACUAAGACAGAGGAUGCUGAAUGAGUUUUUCUUCAUAUAAUAUUAAAAUGACGUAGAAAAGUUAACCUGACCACAAGCGAAGUUUAGAUCCAUUUUUAUGGGAGCGAAACCAAAGAAUAUCGGAUUUUUACGGUGCCGGUAUCAUGUUGGUGGAGGAAACGAAGAAAAGACCUUUGAGGCAGGCACUUAACUAAGUAGGCCAUUAGAGGGCAGCAGAGCUCCAGAGAUCCACAGAUCCAGGCCCUGCAGAACUGCGCAUUGAGGCCAGUGUUCUCGGCUGUGUUUUCUCAAAGAAGUGCCCAUAGUAGGAAUUAUCAUUACGUGUUGAAUGUAAUUCAUCACAAGUCACUGAUGCCUUACAUCACAUUUUUUUUCCACAAAAAGAGAAUGACUAGCAGCUUCUGAAGGUGGGUGACUAAUAUAAUACGAAGGCAUUGCAGUAAAAAAAAUUAAAAGCCCCAUGAAUGUUUACAAGAAUAUACUUAUAUGUCUCUUGAUUAACUAUAUGGAAAUGUCAGCAUAGGUAUGCAUAAAAACAAAAAAUACAAGUAUAUCCAUAUAAAAUUGCAGUUUUGGGGCACUUGACUUGUAUCUAUAACUUUCAUGCUCAAUUAUUUGAAUAUAUUUUGAAAUUAUUUUAGAAGGAAAAAGCCCAAGAACAUCAAUCACUUAAUCUCUUUGUGUAAUAUUGAAAUGAAGCUCUUAUGCUGGAGAGUCAGGCCCACUAUUAAAUACGCGUCAUUCUUCUUUUUUUAUCUUCUCCUUUAAAAAAACAAAGAAACAAACAAAACUUUCCCACAAAUCACUUUUCUUCUAGUUAUCCCACCUUAUUUGUUCUUUCUAAUCAUCUAUUUCCUUUUUUUGAGGCAUGUAAAGCCAAUAUUACAACUUAGGUAUUUUAAAACAUAAAUCGCAGAGUCUCUCUGAACUAGCAAUAUGUCGUACUUCCAUUCCUCCUAAUCAAAUGGUUUGAGGAAUAAUAGAAAGUAUAUGCAUAGUAAAAACUCAAAGUACAAAGCUAGAUACGUCGGAUAACGGUCAUCAUUUCCUUAGUGACCGUGCACACAUUCACAACACAGCAUAUUAUAAAAAUCAGGUUAAAGUACAAUCUCAAAAGUCCCUGGUGCUUUCCAUAUUUGAAAAACGAGUGUCCUUAAAGGAUAUCAAAUCACAAUAUAACUUGAUGAUUAUAAUGUUUAUAUUUUACUUAUUAAACACAGAAAGUAAGACUGUUUGGCAUUAAAUAUAGGUGGUACUUUCACCCUUGAAUGAGGAAUAAAUUUAUUUAUUUAGUGAAAAUAAAUUUAUAUGAGAAUGGAAUUUUGUAUUUAAGGAAAUAGUUUUUUGCUUUUAUGGAAUUUUCUACCCCCUGGUUAGGACAUUUAUUUUUGCUGUGCAUUAAAAUUACCUAAGUUAGUUUCAAUUUAUAAUACCAGAUCUGUCUUCAUUAGACACAAUGGAUAUGAAUGUAGGUACUAUGAUUAUAACAUGCUUUAUGUUUUUGCUGCAGUAAACAUAUUUAUUUUAAAGAAAAAGUUAGAUUACUAAUUCACUUGAUGGUGAUUACUAACUUGACUGAAGCAGACCCAGAUCUGACAGGUAUUUGCUGUUAUUCAUCACUAUUUUUAUUAUUAAGUAUAGUAAUAAUAUUUAGAAAUAAUAAAAAUAUUGUAAUAUCUCAAACUGUAAGAGGUUAAUGAGAAAUAAUUGGAAAUGAAUUAUUAAUUUAAUUCAAUAACAGUUUUAACAUUAUGUUAUACAUCACAUGUGGUAUUAUUUAUGUGGAUGUUUUUAUAUUUUUAUUUAGAAUGCAAUAUUAUUUUAUCUAAUUGCAAAUACUUAAAAAUAAGGAUGAUGAACACUAUAAUUUUAAUAAAGUUUAGAGAGAGAGAAUCAAAAGGAAAACUUAAUGACUGAGCUUGAACAUUUUUUUAAACCCUUGAUAUUUGAAAAGAAUAUGUUUAGGAUUAUAAAAAUUUAUAAUGCAAUUAUAGAAGAAAAUAACUUUAACCAUCACAACACAUUAUUUCCAUUCACUUAGUGUAAAUUCAUUAUUUGUCUUUUUGCAAUUACGUUGUUGAAGCCAAUAAAUGGACUUUUGUGAAAUGGCUAUGACAAAAGAAAAAAGAAAACAUUAAUGACAUGCUGCACGACAUUUGAGAAAUGUGACUAUAACAAGUUAAGAUAAUGUGAGAGGAAAUGGUAAUCAACGGACACUCCCUCUCAAGUAAUUUGAGCUAGUUUCAUUCAAACUUAGACUUACACCUAGCUUAAAAUUUCCAACUGUGAAUAUGCAGGUAAACAGGACAUAAAUAAGUAUCACUAAAAUCACCAUUUUCUGUUCAAUAUACUAUGUUCUGUUCCAUAUUCUAUAGGCCUUUUAAAAGUAAUAGGAGCAAUAACACAUGUGUAAUUGGGUCAUCAUGUGUGUGUAUGGGUGUGUGUGUAUAGCACUAUUAUAUAUGUAUAUACGUUGUAUAUACAUGUAGUUUAUAUAUGCUGAAUUUUACUUCUAUGUAAAUUAUACAUUUUUAUUACAUGUAUAACAAUUUCUCUUUUAUGCAUUUAUUUUUCUUGCUUCUGUCUAGCAACCAUCCCAGAGAAGCUAGAUGAAAUUAUGAGUCAUCACUUUGGGAAUAUUCACCUGUAAAAAGUAACACUGUAAUUAAUAUUUCUGAAUUUAAAAGUUAUUUUAUCUUCUAAUUUGUUUCAUUUUGUUGUUUAACUUAUAGGGGAUACAUCUCAGUGAGACUGUGAUUCCUUUUAAGUCUUCAGAGCAAAGGAACUAAUUUCUUCCUAUAAGUAAGCAACAUACGUCUAAUAAAAAGCAAAUACUUCAUUUUUCAUAUUUCAAUUAAUAGAAUAAAUUUUACAGGUAAAAACAAUUUUAGUAACUUCAUUCAUUAGAUAAGACCUUUUAAAUUUAUCUAGGUCUGUAGGAAAAGUGAGAUCUUAAAGGUGAAAUAUAAGAGAAGUAAGGGCCAGUUUAAGACAUACAACAUCCUGUCUUACUUUCAAAACACCAUGCUUAGUUUGAAAUGUUUGACAGUAGUAGUAGUAAUAAUAAUAAAAUAUCAUUUUUAGUUUGCUUAUAAGGAAACUGAAUUGAAGGGACAUAUUUUUAUAUGGAGAAUUCAGGUGUAUACCGGGGUUAGUAGUUGUGAAGAGGCAACAUGUUAUGGCCAUCUUCUUUAAUUUUGGUGAUUUUUACUCCUGAGAAUACAUAUUCUUGAGAAAAUGUAUUUUUUAUUACACUUACAUAGAUUAUUUUUUACAUUAAAAAAAUUUCAAAUAGAAAGUAGUUUUGUGGUGGAUUUCAAAGACGUAUAGCCACAAAGGCAUCAUAGUAGGUUUACAGUUUGAACCAAACCAGCCCCUGUAGUACCUUUAAACAUUAAAACCCAAUGAAUGUUAGAAGAAGAAUUUCUUCUUCACCACCCAGUAACAGAAAGGCUCAACGUGCCUGAUUAAAUGUUUUUUAGUAUAUUUAGUCUAUGCACUUACUGCUAAGAUGAGUAGUAAAAUGAAUUGAUGAGUUUGCAAUGUAUUAAGCUGUAUCAAAACCAAACAAAUUUUAUUAAGAAGAAUGUGCUAUUGACUUAGAUAAAAACAAACAUGACUACUUUAUUUCGACUCAAUAAUAAUGAUUAGGAGAUUGGUCUCUUGACAAUGAAAGGCAUUCUAUUACCUGUAUUAUAGUGUGUUAUGGGUGUACACAGAGCUUUUGUUCUUCUGAUACAUUUUGCUAAGAGGUUCAGACUCUAAUCUUGCAAGUUUAGCAUGAUGAAGAAUGAAGAAAUACUGCAUAAUUAUUUUUGGUAGCUUUGAAACAAGAGCAUAACUUCCCUAAACCUGAGGAUGACAAAGUUAGCUCUGAAAAAAGAUGCUGAAACAAAGUUGUCACCUGAUUGUGCAGAGAUGGAAAGAGGUUCUGUUCUUCCUCCAGAACUUACUGCUUUCACUAUUCCUGACAUCCCUGCUUCUACUUCUGUUUCUGACUCAGUGCUGAGAUAUUUUUAUGACUAAGGACAUAUUCAUUGAACUCAAAUCAGGUGUCAAAGCAUGAACGGAAAUUGAUGCCAAUUCUUAUGCCCAGUAACAAAAUGCCUGAGUCACUUAUUUUUGUACCUAGGCUGAGAAGAUAAUUCAACAUAUUUCCCUUCAUUGUGAUAUCAUUCAUAAGUCCAAUUAAAAAAGUCAGAAUCUAUGGUAAAACUAACUAUUUCUGGAAAUUAACAAAAUCAUUUAAGUGUUUUAAAAACAUGAAACUCAACUUUAAAAUCUCAAAACCUUGCUUUUCCUUUUCUGAAAUGUUCUUUAUCUUUGCUGUGGCAUCCAAAAUAUUGGCUUCAUUAAAGCUACCAGAAUCCA